UCUAGGACUGGAAAGUACUAUAAACUGAGAGAACUGAAGUGCUGAGUAAGAAAAGUAGGCUCACAAGAAGUGCACAACAGAAAUUUUUGAAAAGUUUCAACUUUCUAUUUCUUCUGUGAAUCUGACUGACUAUACAGAAAAAAUAAUCUCAAACAUGUCCAACAAGACAAAUGUCUCAGAGGACCAGGUUUUCUGUCCCCAGCUUGAGAUGAUGAGGAGGCAUGAACUUAAUAACAACACACAGGUCAAUCUGACUGUGGUUUGCAUCCAUGGACUGGUCUCUGGCCUGGGGAUUUUGGAGAAUGCCUUGAUCAUCUGGGUGGUGGGCUUCCGCCUAAGACAACGCACCGUGGCCUCCAUCUGGGUGCUCAACCUGGCCCUGUCUGACUUCCUGGCUACCCUGACGCUUCCCCUGUUCACUUUAUACCUAAACUCUGGUCACAGCUGGGAGCUCGGCAACCCACUUUGCAAAGUGCAGACAUUCAUCUUUUUCUUCAACAUGUUCGUAUCAGCCUUCCUUUUGGCAGCCAUUUCGCUGGACCGCUUACUUCUGGUCACCAAGCCAGUGUGGAGCCAAAAUCAUCGAUCAGUAGCAGGCGCGUGGAAAGUGUGCAUAUUGGGUUGGCUAUGGGCAGCAGGUAAUGCAUUGCCAUAUUAUGUUUUCCGCUCAGUAACUGAAACGAAGCAUAAAAGAAAGUUGUGCUAUCACAAUUUUGCCAUGUAUUCCUCAUAUGCCACACCUGAGAGAGACUGUAACAUGAGGCAGUGGACCACAGCUAUCUCCAAGCUGCUGCUGGCAUUCAUAUUGCCACUGGCAGUGAUUGCAGGAAGCUACAUCAAAAUUGGUCUCAGUCUGAGGAGCAGGAACAGGAGGAGGAAGCAGAGUGCCACUAGACUAACUGAUGAUCUGAUUACGUUAAACAGAAAUCAACAAUCAAGAACUACACAUGGAAGAACUGCAGCCACAAAUAAAUUAUCUCUCAAAUUUCUAAUCCCUGGUCCAUCAUUAACCACUAAAGAAGGCCCCUUGACUCCUACCACCCCUAAUCUGACGAGUCAGAGCCAGCUAUCCCAGAGUUUCACUAAAAUGGUGACAUCUGUGAUUACAGCGUUUGCACUGUGCUGGGCUCCUUAUCACAUCUUCUGUAUGAUUGAAGUGGCAGCCCAAUAUAAUAUGGAAUAUCUCAAACUAGUGGAAGUAGGUCUACCUCUAGCUACAACACUGGCAUUCUUAAAUCCACUACUGAAUCCUAUUCUCUAUGUCUUCAGUUGCCCACGUUUCUGUGUAAGAAUACGGCAGAGUCUGGGAGCAGUGUUUGAUGGACUGGUAGAAGAAAGAGGGGUGUUACUGAUGACCCCAGGAAAGAGUUUAAUAAGUCACAUUAGGAGGAGGAGCAGUCGAGAUGUUGGCCUAGGAAUCCCAGCAUCACCCUGUCAGUCAUACAGUAGCCAGCCCAUCGUCUCACCAGCUUUGCAGGACAAUAUAGUGGAGCAUAGCUGAGACAUCAAUUGAUUUUUGGCUUUGUGCCUCGGGAAGUGCAUGAAUUACAUUUAAUCAAGCACACGUGCCCUACAGGUACUGUAAGACAUACACUAUAUUACCAAAAUUCUACUAUCCAAAUUAUUGACACACUCCUAAAACAUGUGGAAGAGUUGAAGCUGUUAUAGUUGCAAAGGGUGGUCCAACAUCAUCAACUUAAGUUUAUGUGUUUGUGAAGGCAGACAAUCAAUACUUUUGGCCAUAUAGUUCAAUUCAAUUUAAUCUAUAUAGCACCAAAUCCCAAUAACAGUUGUGUCAAGGCCCUCCCCAUAAUACAAAGAAAAGCCCAACAAUCAUAUGACCCCCAUGAGUAAGUGCUUUGGCGACUGUGAGAAGGAAAAACUUCCUUUUCAUACAAUUAAAUAACAAUGUGUAAAUGUAUGGUUUGUGUUGUGUUUGUGCAGCAAACUAUAGUUAUCCAUAUGGUACGGUGCUUUGUUCCUGACUGAAAUCACUGCUCACACUGUUGCUGAAGUUUCAACACCUGAAACUAAACAUUUCCAUGUUAACAUCAUUGAUUGUCCCACCAAUCAGUGUUUUGAUUUAGGGCUGUAAGAAGAGUAGUUCAAAUGUGGGAAAUGAUACAUCAUCAACAACUAUAUAGUUUUGUUAGUAAUCAGUGAAGUUACAUUUCAAAUGUUUUUAUAUGGCCUUUUAAAAUUGUACUACAUUGUCACUACUACCCCUGAAUGGCGACCCUAUAAAGAUCAAUACAUCAGCUUGUGCAUGUGACUGAAAACUGGAAAAUGAAAAAUUAAAUGAAAAUGAAAAAUGAAAAAUGAAAAAUCCUUCUGAUUUAGUGCAAGACCAUGGCGAUUUGUAGUUAGCUUUCCCGAGCUCUAUCAUGAGGUCGAAAUUCAGUUUGUACCGUACAAAAUAUAUUGUUCCAU